UAGCCAUCAUGAGGAGUAUUGGCGAUGACCAUUCUGGUAAGAGACUGAAGAAAGGGCAAUGGACACCCGAAGAGGAUCUUUUGUUGACGAAAUAUAUAGAAACCCAUGGUGAAGGAAACUGGCGAACAUUACCCCAGAAAGCAGGUCUGCAACGAUGUGGAAAAGGUUGCAGAUUGAGGUGGAAGAACUACCUGCGACCCAACGUGAAAAGAGGAAAUAUCUCUUUAGAAGAGGAAGAUCUCAUCAUCAGAUUGCACAAGCUCCUUGGCAAUCGAUGGUCUCUGAUAGCAGGAAGAGUACCUGGUAGAACAGAUAACGAAAUCAAGAAAUACUGGAAAUCUCGUUUGAGCAAGAAACUCCGUCACAAUGUCAUCCAUGAGACUCCCAAUCAUUACAAGGCGUCUUCUUCUCCCUCGGACCACUUGCAGUUGCAUUCUUAUGAAAAAGAUCUCAUAGACAGUGAAAGCUUGUAUGGCUAUAGCUCCCUGCCUGACUGUAAAAUGGAUUAUUUGGACAGUCAAAAGCAUUCACAUGAAGGAGAUCACCUGAAGGUCAGAGAUUUCAAUAUUAGCCAAGUUACAGACAGCCAAAUUGAUCCAUCAAGUCAUGUGGCAUGUGCAUUUCAGCGCCCUCCUCAUACUUCAGUAGAAGACAGCAGCACAAGAUUUUACCAUGUUUUAUCUGCCAACCAAGAGGUGGGCGUUUCUACAGAAGAUUGGCUGCAACAACCAUUGCCACCAUCAGGCCAUUUUUUUGAGAGAAAUGGGCACGCAUUCUACUCAAUGGUGGCCAUGCAACCAAAGUACUGUCCAUCCUCAUCACUGUGUAUUGAUGGUUGUUAUGAUGAAAUAUGGGAUCACAAUGAUUUGGGUGGUGAUCAUCGUGAUCAUUAUGAUGAAAUAUGGGAUCACGAUGAUUUGGGUAGUGGUUAUAAUAGUUGUUAUGAUGAGAUAUGGGAACACAAUGAUUUGGGAUGUACAGAUUUUGAGCUCUUGUCUACAUUUUGUGAAGAUUCUAUUACCACUGACUUUGGUGAGUUUGGUGGUGAUGUUCAAAGCAUGAACUCCAUAUUGGGUUGGAACAAUAGUCAUAACAAUUCGAACUCGGUUGAAGAGAACCCAUGCCAUGAUCUGCAUACUCUUCAAGUAAUGCACCCAAUUAUCUCUCUGCACGAGCAUUCAGAGCAGUGCACAUAUGGUUCUAAUUUUGAAGACAAAGCGGAUACGUUUCCCCAAGUAACAGAAAUGAAUGCUUCGACUACUGCAAAUUUUUGA